AUAUUGAAGAUACUGAAUCUAAUAAUUAUUCUGAUGAUGAGUUAAGUGAACUAACUCAAACAUCAGAAAAAUGUAAUACUAAAUUUUCAGAAAAAACUAAAAAUUCGAGUUUAGAAAGAUAUUUAAAAUGUCAACAUAAUAUUAUAGUUUCAAAAUUAAAAAAAUAUCAAACCCAGUUAUUAUUUAUAAGCAUUGAUCCUUGGCCUAAACAACAAAAAGAAGAACGAGAAAAUAUUGCAGCAGCUAUAAAUAAUACUUUGGCAGAGUUUAAACUUACUAAUAAAAUAUUGGCACUUAUAACUGAUAAUGAAUAUACUACAUAUAUUCUAAAUUUAGCAGCACGUCAUGGAUUAGAAAUUAUUGACCCAGAAAUUAUUAAUGUUCAUGCAUUAAUGUCAAAAAUAAAGGUAUCAACAAGAUUAUGCAAUGAAUUAAGAGAAUUAUGCAUUAUACAAAAAUUAGAUUACUUAAAACCUGAGUUGGAUAUUGAAAUGAGAUGA